GAUUGAACUACCUGACCUUUCACCUUUCUACUUCAACAAAACAUAUGAUUGAGUCAAUAGUCUGAAUAGAGUUAUUUAAUAGUAGACUACAAACCUAGAUUUAUAAAUCAUAAAGAUCUAGAGAUAGUUAAUACUUCUAGAGUAGGCAUAUGGACAAAAGUUAUGCGUGUUUUAAAGCUAACAAGAUUAUUAGGAAGCAGCAAUGCAAAGGGCAUUGUUAGAAAUUACCAAAUCAAAUCUGAAUACGAUGCUAUUGUAAUAGGAGCAGGACAUAAUGGCUUAGUUGCAGCUGCUUAUCUGCAAAAAUCUGGUUUGAAGGUUUGUGUUUUAGAAAGAAGGCAUGUUAUUGGUGGGGCUGCAGUAACAGAGGAGAUAAUACCUGGUUUUAAAUUCUCAAGGGCUUCAUAUGUCUUGAGUCUAUUGAGACCACAAAUUAUUGAAGAUCUUGAGUUAAAGAAAUAUGGUUUGAAGAUCUAUUUGCGCAAUCCUAGUUCAUACACUCCAUUAAUUGAACCUGGUGGUGUAAAUGGUAAAGCAAAAUCUUUGACUAUCAGCCGUGAUCAUGUGGAAACAGCUAGACAGAUAGCUCAAUUCUCUGUGAAGGAUGCAAAGGCCUUCUCAGUUUAUGAAGAACAGUUGGGACGCAUUGUGUCUGCCAUUGAUACUUUGUUAGAUCAUCCCCCUCUGUCACUGCCAUCCUUGAUUAGCUCGUCUUUCAAAGACAAAUGGAACAGCUUAAACUCUGUCAAAGUUUUACUGAAUUCAAUGAAAAGUCUUGGUAAAGAUUUCCCAGCUUUCUAUGAGUUUAUGACUGCACCAGCAAUGAAGAUUUUAAACAACUGGUUUGAAUCUGAGCCUCUCAAGGCAACCUUGGCUACAGAUAGUGUUAUUGGAGCAAUGAUAAGCCCUUUUCAAGCUGGCAGUGGGUAUGUUCUGCUUCAUCAUGUUAUGGGAGAGCUGGAAGGUAUCAAAGGUGCAUGGGGCUAUGUAGAAGGAGGAAUGGGAAGCGUUUCUAAAGCCAUAGCCAACUGUGCAACAGACCAUGGAGCAGAUGUCUUUUGCAACAAGCCUGUGAGCUCAAUCCUCACAAACAAUGGUGUUGCUCAGGGUGUGGUCCUUGAAGAUGGCACAGAAAUCAGAUCAAAAGCUGUGUUGUCUAAUGCCACUGCUAAGAUAACCUUCUUGAACUUGUUACCCCAGGGAUCGUUACCAGAAUCACUUUACAAAGAAAUCUCUAGUGUAGACUAUACAUCACCUGUUACUAAAAUUAAUGUGGCUGUUAGUGAAAUUCCAAAUUUCAUAGCUGAUCCUAAUUUAAGUAAAAACCAGGUCAUGCCUCAUCACCGUAGCACAAUCCACAUUAACUGUGAGGAUUCAAAAUUGAUACAUGAAGCUUAUUUACAUGCUCAGUUGGGAAAAGUCUCUGAGAAACCAAUGAUGGAAAUGGUCAUUCCCUCCAGCCUAGACCCCACACUGUGUCCAGCUGGUCAACAUGUGGUUCUGUUAUUCACACAAUUUACACCUUAUCAUCUAUCAGAUGGGGAGUGGACUGAUGAUAAAAGACAAUUGUAUGCAAACAAAGUGUUUAGCAGUAUAGAAAAUUAUGCCCCUGGCUUUACAAAGUCAAUAAUUGGAUAUGAAGUUUUAGCACCUCCUGAUUUAGAAAAAAUCUUUGGCUUAACUGGAGGGAAUAUAUUUCAUGGAGCCUUAUCCCUUGAUCAGCUUUACAUGUCUCGACCUGUUACUAGUCUAAGUAACUACAGAAGUCACAUGACUGGUCUUUAUCUUUGUGGAAGUAGCUCACACCCAGGUGGUGGUGUAAUGGGAUCAGCUGGUCGACUGGCAGCUAGCACUGUGCUAAAUGACUACAAAAGCUUGGCUUAGAAAAUAAAACAAUUUCUUUUCAGCUUCAAAA